CCGGUCUGGUGCAGUGCGGUUACCUGAUCGUAUCCAUAACAACAAUAAGCUUUCUCUCGCAUUUAAAUUUGUUUCAUCCACAAUACUUUAAAAAUGAGUGAAGCAACAUCUUACAGAUUUGAAAAUAACAUUGAAAACAAAAGUUUACAGAGAGCUCUGCAUAGACAAAAGGAACGGAUAAAGUAUGAUGAACUUAUGGCAGCUCGAGAAGGUAUUGUGAAGAAUGAACUUCUAAUCAACCAGAAGGCAGUGUGGACAGAGAAGCUAGAAGAAGCCAGUGCACAUAGGAGAUUGAAAACAGAAAAAUCCGCUGUUAAAGGCGAGAUUGCCAUUGCUGGCAAAACCCUCAUUGCGGUGCGAAGAGCAGCACUUCGACAGCUCAUAGACCAAGAGUAUGGCCAAUUUGAGGAGGAACUUCGGGCGCAAGGAAAAGCUUUCUACUUUAAACGCGACUGAAAAGGAUGCAAUGAAAAUAUACAAUGGACUAUUUUGUUCUUGAGCCUACAGGGAUCUUAGCGAUAUCCACGCCUCUUUUUCCUGAAUGAGAUAGAGCAUAUUUGAUCAGUCGGCACGAUGACUGAAAUAUUGUCGAAGUGAGUGCUUAUGUGUCCCAUAUAAGCAAAUCUUUUCAAAUUAGUAUUAACUGUAUAACAUAUAGAUGUAUUACCGAAAUUGUACCACUAUAUUCUUAAAUUUUUGUAUUAACUUGCACAUUUGAAUCACAGGAGGAAAAUGUUUUGUCCCUUA